UGAAAAAUUUUCUCAAUUAUACGAGGUGCUUUUAUAUAAGAAAAAAGAUAUAACAGCUAUUCAGAAAAAACUUGGUAUUAAUAGUAAUAUAAAUAAAAUGGCAGUGUCGGAGAGCAAGAUAGUGAAAGAACUUGCUGAUUUAUAUAAAUUGCUGUUAGAAUUGGUGAGGGAUUUAAUGCCUAUACAGAGGAAACUUGAUAUAGAUAUCAAUCCUAUUUUAGAAGCAGAACUUAGAAGGGAUGAAAUCUCUUCAGAUAAACCAAUUAGAUUAUUUGAUUUGCUUUUAUGCUUAGAAGAUGAUAUAGCGAUAAUUCAGAAAGAACUUGAUAUUGUCAGUUAUACUAAUCAAGAAAUGGCAGAAGAAGCUGAUAAAAAUGCGAGAGUGUAUUUCUGA